AUGGAGGUGCUUGAAGAGGGAAACUUAAUGGACAGAGUGCCGAUUUUACUGCAGCGCGAUCUCGAGUUUUACCAGACACAUCAGCGGGUGCUCCAGGAACCAAUUUGCUCGGGAGUUGUGGGUGGGAAGCUGGAUUUUCCACGUUACGCCUCCUUUGCGGCCAUCAAAUUAAUAAGAUGGUGGGAAGAUGAGUACUUCGCCUCGUACCGCAAGCCAUCUGGACUGUUGCACACAGAAAAGGAAAUGGAUGAAGGAGAUUUUACAAGUGUCACCGUGAAGACCUCCGAUCCGGAUAAGUUUGUGCAGCUGGUCACGAAGUCUGCUGACUUACUGUUGGAGCACAUACAUCGCCUUUCCCAGGAGUCUUUGGAUCACGCCGACCUAUCUGUCCUUACUGCCACCAUUGGAGCCGCCUCGCUGGUCAAAAACUCUUUGAGUGUCUAUAUGCAGGCAGCAACCACUACCAUAUGUCCACCCAAAGGCGAUGAAAAGGGAGGAGCGCUCAAGCUCAGUUUUAAGCAGUAUUCCCAGAUGUCCGAGGCUCUGGCUGAACGACUUCUCGACCUCCAUUGUCGGCUCCUUUUACUUUAUAUUAUGCAGGAUGCCGACUGUCUGCAUUGGGAGGAUACCCAACCUUUUUUUGAGUCGGAAAGGGGCUCCUAUACCGUCCAGAUGUGGUGGCAUUACAUGAGGGGUACCCAAGCCGAUCUGUGGAAUUCAGUGCCACCGAAGAUGGCCCAAAAGAUAUUCGCCGGAAUGCUGAACGAAACGCUUAGUGUGCUCACGGUCCGGUACACUCAGAUAGUAACGAGUGUGGCAAGAUCCACGCUCCAUCUGGUGGAUAUAUGCAACAUGUUGCUCUGCAUCGCCGAACUGUUGCCCCACAUCUGCGAGAGUGGCGAGGCCUAUGUGGGACUGCAGCUGAGUAACCAGAGCGUUAUCAUAAGGGAUAUCCAUGCCAAGUGCAAGGAGCUCUUCUACUGCCUUCUCCUAAGAGGAUCGCCGUUGGGAGUGCUUUCCAAGGUUUUCCGUAAGGGACUGGACAAUAUGGAAAUGUUUAGUUCUCGGCACGGACUGCCCAGUGCUUGGAUCAUCUUUGCUCUUCCCAGAUACUUUCCCAAGGACCAGUCCUGUCAGUGGGUCACCGAAUUCUCAGACCUCUCCACCAACACAGCUAUUUCGUUGGACUUGCGGGUGUUACUCGCUUUCCCCGAGGCAGAUUGGUCCUAUCUGUUGAAGAUUCUGCUGAUGAGGGACGCCUACCUCACUGGCAUUAUAAUGCGCCACCUGAUGCAGUACUUACCCUCCUCGGAAAACUUCAAAAACGUAGCGAAGAUUUCGUUUACCAGCGCUGAAGGCGCCCCUCAAAAGUGCGAGGCAUUUUUGUGUCGUGGAGAGUGCUUCAAUGUCACCGAUUCUAUAGCCGGGGAUAUAGAUCCCGUAGGUCAGUCCAAUUACCAGAUCGUCCUAUCUCUCACUUAUUUGGUGGUAGCCGUUGGCAAGGCAGUAGACAUCAAGUCGUGCCUGAUCAAAACACUGGAGGAACACGCGAUUGCGGGAUGGAGUGAUUGCCUGGACAAACGACAGGUGUGGAACCAGAAGCGAACACCCUGGCUAGAAGCCAUCAUGCACUUCGUGUACCCCGUACUCGACUGUGUGGUGGAUAUGUUGGUGAAUGCCGUGGAGAAUGGAGCCAGUAUGUACCAGGCCAUGUCCUUGGCCCUAACGUGCGUCUCUGAGAUCUGGGACUGCCUUCCCGAGGGGCUGUACAAAAUCGCCUCCUUGCUGCAGGAUAUCAUUCCAGUUUCGACAAAGCCAUUGGGAGACUCUGUGCUUUUGCAGGUGGUUUUUGCGGCACUCUAUACAGAACUGAUCAAAACAGCAGAGAUGUAUGAGCAGGCUAAGGACCAGGACAAGGCUGCCAUAUGUUACUCCAUAUCGGAGGCCAUUUGCUCCAUUGACGAAGAUGACAAGCACACUGAUCAGAUCGAGUUGUUUCUUAAACAGGCGAAGGAAAGUAUUAACUUGGACACAGAUUUCGGGGGAACUCCAGGGAGCAAUAACCGAGGAGCUGGAGGAAUGAGUGCUGUGAGUACCAUCAAAAUGGAUGACCUGGCCUUGACAAAUGCGGAGUCCGAUCGCCUGAGCCACAGUCCUCCCAAUAACUAUGCCAUGGAACUGGAUGUGGGAAUCGCAGAUUACAUAGCCGAAGUCCUGGUCAGCGAUGUUUUGACCACUAAUAUUGGAAAACAGGCCCUAAAAGUGGUAUACAACUAUUUAAAGUUCAACAAGGACUGGCUGCUCGAGCAGCUAGGAACGGGUGACAAUGAACCGAGUCCUUUCCAAGGCAUCCAGGGUCAGAAUAUCAAGGAGGCCAAGACUUCGGUGCUGAGGUCCAUGUUCUUCAUUGGGAACACCCCCUUUGACCAGCUGCUCACGGGCUCAUUGAAAAUCGACUACGUCAGUUGGUUGCAGAUGCCGCUGUCCUUGAAUCCGGAACGGACCUGGCUGCAUUUAACCAGGCGUUGCGAUUUCCAGGAGGAUGCCAAGCUGUCGCUGCCCGAGGUGGCCAUGGUGGCCGGGAUUACGAAGAUAAUGAAGCGGCGCAAGGAGUUUCCCAAGUGAGCGACGCGGGAAACGCCAUUACGAUG